CCUCCUCGCCGCGAUCUCGUGUGCUUCACGUGCCUCAAACAUAUUACAGGUUCGUUUUAACAGUUUCCCGCAGUUCUCGUCCUUAAAUUUACUUGUUAUAUAUCUGUAACUUGUGAAAAAGUGAAAAUGAAUGCAGAGAAGUUGGCAAAAUUGCAAUCUCAAGUGAGGAUCGGGGGCCCUGGUACUGCUCGCAGGAAGAAGAAAGUUGUCCACCGUACUGCUACCACUGAUGACAAGAAGCUUCAAAGUUCCUUGAAAAAACUGACAGUCAACAACAUCCCUGGGAUUGAGGAAGUCAACAUGUUCAAGGAUGAUGGUACAAUCAUCCACUUCAACAACCCUAAAGUACAGGCUUCUCUAGCGGCAAACACUUUUGCCAUCACCGGUCAUGCUGAACACAAACCCAUCACUGAUAUGUUGCCAGCUAUCCUCAACCAAUUGCCAACUGAAAGUUUGGCACACUUGAAAGAAAGGAUAGUAGGUGCCUCUGCCGGUGGACAGGGUGGAGCAUCAUCGGCUACGCUACCGACAACCGAAGAAGAUGAUGAGGUUCCCGAUCUAGUUGACAACUUUGACGAACCAAGCAAGAAGGAGGCGCCCACUGUUGAGACCAAGUCGACAGCCGAAGUCAAGGUAGCUGAAACCCCUGCUGCUACAGCUGCCGAACCAGUCAAAGCUGCGGAGACUCCCAAAGCAGAAGAAUAAACAUGAAGACGGAAUACCGGCAACAACGUGAAGGAUGCAGUCGGAACAAGCAGGCGCCGGCAAAAGGAAAAUCAACCUUGACUGUUUUCUAUUUUGUCUUUCCUUCUCCCUUCACUUUUCUAGUUUUUUUUUUUCCUUUUUCUUUAAUUCCUUUUCUAUUACAAAAGGAUGUAAUCCUAUGGUCCCACUUUAGGCCAUUACUAAUCAUGGGAAAGCAACAACUGUACUCGUAUUACACACUGAACGAAAAAGAAAAACAGGGAUGAUUUCUUAUUGUUAUUGGCUGUUUGUGAAAGUCCUCAGAUCAAACAGAGAAUGAGCUUCUGGCUGCAAUGUUUCCCCGUCAUAAAAAUCUUAAUACACCAUCAAUUGAUUAGUAA